GCGGAACGGCCGACAUAAAACUACUUAAGUAAGCCUUUUUUUUCCUCCCCCGUGUGAUUAUGUCAUUUCGGCCUCCGUAUCUCAUAUUUGAUUGUUACUUCGUGUUAACAGCGAGAAGCAGGUGGACGCGCACAUGUUAAAUGUGUUAUUGGACGAGCCAAAAACGCGUGCCGGCUUUAGGACCGCGGGGAGUCCCAGAUGAUAAGCAAUCUAGUCCACUGUUUUGGACUUUCUGGGACUCUUGACAGCCUGGUUGCGGAGUCUAAUGGAUGCAAACGUGCUUGGUGCACUCGUGGUGCCGUGGGUUACUUUUUGGGGUGGACUGAAUGCGACAAUGGAACUCAGGAUUGAACAGGGCUAAGUUUUGGUGCCUCUCUGCAAAAUGGGGCUGUGGGGCUUGCACCGGCGGAUACUGUGUUUAUGGUUGUUGCUUCUUGGAUUCACCUUGCUUCUGCUGAUCGUUGCUGACCUUUUCCACGGAGGGGAACGUCACUCCCAGCAAAAAUUAGUCGGCGCCCCACGCCGCCCCUUCCAGCAGAGCCUUCGUCCGCCGGACGACUUGGAGCUUCUCGGAGACGCGGCGUUGGAACUUGUACCCGACUUCGUCCCCAUCAACUCGCUGAAAGAGGACCAGCUUUUGUUCGUGGCGUCCACGCAGGGCACAAAAGACCCACCGCACAAGAAGGGAAAUUACAAGGUGCUCUUGCCCGCGGCGAGGAAGGAAUUUCUGUCCGCUCGUGUGGGACAAGGAGCGCCGCCGGAUCGCUCUCUGCCCGAGACGCGACAUCCUAAGUGUCUUGGCGAGCAGUACAGUGAAUCUCUGCCCUCUGCCAGCGUGGUCAUCUGCUUUCACGACGAGGCUUGGUCCACACUUUUACGCACAUUGCAUAGCGUCCUCAACACAACGCCCAGAUCCUUCUUACUGGAGCUCCUCCUAGUGGACGAUCUCAGUACACAUGAUGACUUGAAGACGAUGCUCAGUGAAUACGUGUCCCAGCUGGAUGGGGUGCAUUUGAUUCGCAGCACAAAGCGUCUUGGGGCGGGCGGGUGCCGGAACCUGGGUGCGUCCAAAGCUUCAGGGGAGGUCCUGGUGUUCAUGGACUCGCAUUGUGAAUGUCACAGUGGCUGGCUGGAACCACUCCUGGAGAGGGUGGCCCAGGACAGGACCAGAGUAGUUUCCCCCAUCCUGGAUGUGAUCCACAGGGACACGUUCAAGUACAACGCCACCCGGUGGCCAGUGUGGGGAGUUUUUGACUGGAAUCUGGACUUUUCGUGGGAGUCCAAACCGCAACUACUGGACGGGGACUCAGACUUGGCGAUUGAACCUGUACUGAGUCCAGCCUUAGGAGGUGGAGUUCUGGCCGUUGACAGACAUUUCUUCCAUAACGUGGGAGCCUUUGAUCCGGGGAUUCUACUGUGGGGAGGGGAACAAAUUGAGCUGUCAAUCAGGGUGUGGUUGUGCGGCGGCUCCAUGGAGGUGGUUCCCUGCUCCCGCGUGGCCCACUUAGACUACCACCAGCUCCGCCGCCUCCAAGACCAGGAGCAACUUGAGAGGAACAAGAUCCGCAUCGCUGACACGUGGAUGGACACGUACCGCAAUAUCUUCUACAGGCGGGACACCUUGGCUCAUUUUAUACGGCAGUCUGAGAGGCCCAAUAUUACCGAGCGCCAGCAGCUGAAGAUGACUUUGGGCUGCAGGGACUUCCACUGGUACCUGACGACGAUUCAUCCCCAACUUUACAUUCCGCAGGAUAGACCGGGACUCUCAGGCGAGCUGUACAACGUCGCAGUUGGUGGCUGUGUGGACCACUCCCCGGGUCAAGGGCCCCACGGCGGAGCCAUGAUCCUCGCGCCAUGCAGCGGCACAGGCAGUCAGCACUGCGAUCUCAACUCUGACGGGGAAGUGCGAUGGGGCCCCGCGGGGGCGCUGUGUUUGGGCGCCCUCGGAGAACGGGUGGUUCUUUCCCAGUGUCAGCCGCCAAUCAGCGAAAGGCUUCAGUGGACCUUCAUAAAGCUGAGUGGCCAGUUGCUCCACCGGCAGUCCCAGUUGUGUGUGGAGGCUGUGAAGGACGGACGUCCCCCACGGAGCAUCCCCUCGGACGAAGUCGGCGCCCACACGGGUGAGGGGGACCUCGUCCUGCGCCCCUGCACGCGACAUCCGACACAGCAGUGGUACUUUGAGCAGCUAGUGUCACCCUAAUUAGCCCGACAAAGGGCUCAACUGCUUUUGACUUCAUAUUGGCGCACUGUCUGCUAAUUGUGAAGAAUAUAUGCAGAGUUGCGUUUUGUUAAUCAAGCAGCUGGUGCCUUUGACUCUUUAGAACCCACCCCUCGAUCUGAAUUCUGCACUUUGGAGGUUUCCUAAUAGCUAUCCCUCGCUAUAACAAGGAUCAUCUUUCACAGCUUCGCCGUUUCAGAGAUUUUUUUUGGUGCAUUUUUUUUUUUUUAACAGUGCAUUGUGUUCUGAAUCCUGAUUUGCAACCGGACAGUAGACUAAUGUCAGCAGUCUCCGCGUCUCAUCACUCAACAGCUUGCCAAAUUUUGCACCUGUCAGUGUUCUAACAUUCGACACGUGAUCAGUUGUUCUCAUAAUUUUUUAUUUAUUGAUUUUUUUUUUUAAUUCAGUUAGCAUCAGUAUGGGAACACAUCUUUUAAAAAAUAUAAAAUCUCAAAUCAAUAAAGAAGAGAAAGUACUUUUUUUUCCGGGGGGGUGGGGGGAGGGUCUAACUUUUGCUGAAGCACCAAAGUUCGUUCCCCCUCCGGAACACUUGUUGAGAAUCUGCAUGUCCUUCAGGCACCGCUCGUUUGUGUCCACUAGAGAGCGCUGUUCUUCACCUCAUCGCCCGGCUUUGUUUCACUCCCCGGUCACUUUCAGCGUUUCUUUCCGUCACUAAGUGGCGCUCAACGCUCGCAUGCGUGUCCAGCAGCUGUCCACCUGAUAACAGGUGUGUUUGCUUGAAACGAGAGCGACGUUGACAGUCACGCUAUCAACACAAAUAUAUUCAGAAGCUAGCCAUCUGUCUCCAACGGAAGCGCCUCAAUGGGGGUCAACGCCGUUCACAUUUGACUUCACGAUUCAUAAAUUGUGGUCGUGCUGCUUUCGGGAGGCAACGCUGAUUAUCCUCCAUCCAUUUUUUUUUAAAUAACGCAUCAUAAUAAAAGAACAGUCCAGUGAAUUGUGUUGUACGACACUCACAGCUGCUGGAACUUUGCUACAUUUUGAUGGCCAAUGUGAUUUU